AUGACGGCAUUGGUUCAAGAAGACCCGGAAAUCGAUAACGAAGAUGUAGUCAUUAAUGUUUUAACUAAAAAUUACGUCGACCAAGGUUAUAAUAAUCUUAAAUUAACGUGCUAUCAUCCUACUUCUGCGCAAUAUUUGACGAAUACGACAGCCGUUAUAAAGAAAGAUUCUGUAAUCUAUGUUAACGGGGAACUCAUGAUUACUGAUGAUGAUAACAUAGUUCAUAUACGAAAUGUUUCGUUUCCGGAAUACCAAAAAUUAAAUACGAUUACAAAAAGCAGCCCAAUGCAAUUUUCAUGGGAAUCGAAAGAUCAGAAUAAUACAAAUCAGCAAAAUGCCUCCACCGUUGCUCAAACUAUAGCCACAAGAGUUAAAGGAAGCACCCGACGUAAAAAAACCACACCUAACCCUAAACCAUAUCUUAAAACCAAUUCUCGCCCAAAAGUUACUGAUUUGGCGAAUGACCUCUUAAAUAAACCUUCGAAUUCAAACACACCUAAUCAAACU